AUGAACUCUGGUAAAAUUCGUCUUCGCUUGCCGCAAAUCUUCCGACCAGCCAAGCCAUGGUGUGCCUUGGCUCCCCGGUUUGACAGGCUCGUGCGUGAUUUGGGAAUGUCCGAGAAGGAGGAUGCGGUCCGUCUUCUGGCAGAGGAAGGAGUCUUUGGUUCAGCACCGCAUACGAUAGGAGUCGCGGCGACUAGCGGUACUGUGUAUCUUGGAAUGGACAUACCCAACGUGGGCAUGGGCCCUCUGCAGAGUCUCGUUGCGAAUCUUAUGAAUCACGGAGAGAUAGGGCUAAGUGCAUACUGCUAUGGAAGCGGCCAUGAAGACGCUACUUUGAGUGAGAUUGAUUGUGCGUUGCUCUAUGCUCUGGGUAAACGGCCGAGUCGAAUUGCAUUGGGAGACGGUACAAAUCUCGAGCCCCAACGUGUUAUGUCGCCGCCUCUUCCGAAAGGACGCGAGAGACUAUUGAAGCACUACAUAGGAAAAGGAGCGGAAGUGUUCGACGUUGUCUGUUCGCAGCUCAUGGAUCAUGCAUUUGUUUCCAGUCAGCUCGCAUUCAACGGUGGAGGGGGGUGUGCUCUUAAAUUGACUUCUGGCGAGAUUAUUAGAGCAUCGGGGAUUGUCUUGAGAGGAUCUGACUCCCCCGUCAUCUCCUCUGCCCAGGCAGCUAUCGUGGCACUCCACGCGAACGGGUUGGUCAAGAGUGGCAAUGCCGUUGUUGAAGCAGCAGUAUGUAUUGGUGAAGAUGAACAAGCUGGGCAAGCGUCAAUAGACCUCAUCAGUUCGUUGUGGCCUUACACUGUUCUCCACAUUGAAAAGGCAGUGAACUGUGCACCGUUGAAGCCACAGCCACGCGCAUGAU